GCCCGGUGAUUGUGCUCCCCCGAUAUUGCGCCCUUUUUAUGAUCGGUUUUCGGAUGACCUACAGUGAUGGUUCGGGCCUAGGAUACCGCGGAUAAUUCCAGUGGACCGUCAGUUUUCGUCGGUCCAGCCACGCUGCACCAUGCCGCGACGCUCGACAUGCCACAAGUAGACGAGUCCCCAGUGAACUGUGCUCUCCGUCGUGUCUUAGUUAAACUCCUCUAUAUUAUCUAGUUUUCGGUCUGUUCCUCGCAAGGAUACUUUUUCACUGCCAAACUUCCUCUACUCUGCUCGACCCACUUCAUCGUCCAAGGAAUUACCUUUUUACCUGUAAACAUGACCCGACUAAAAGUCAAAAUAGUCUCACAUAUGAUUAGCAUAGUGCUGCUACUAUUCCUGCAAUUAUGUCUCUUCUCAGCCGCGUACGGGAACAUCGUAAAAAGGCAAGGAGGUGCCGGUGGUUAUCAGUAUCCAGGUCCCAACGGACAACCAAACACACAGCAAAACAAUGGGCCUUCUCAACCUGAUGGUCCUGCAGGAUACAAUUAUCCAAGACCUAUGACGCCAGUAGGUGGACCAUCCCAGGGAGGGACAUUUGGUCAGCCAAACGGACCUUCUCAAUCCAAUGGGGGUGGAGGAUAUCAGUAUCCGAGGCCCAAUGGUCAAGCCGGUGGACCAGCGCCUGGAACGAAUGGGGGAGGUUUCCCUAGUACGCGGCCUAACUCACAACCGAAUGGAGCCACUCCCGCAGGGAACGGAGGUGGAUACCAAUAUCAAAGGCCCGGCCCGCAACAAGCAGGUGGACCCACGUCAAAUGGUAUAGGAAACGGUGGUGGAUAUCCAAACUCUCGACCCAGUCCACAACCGAAUGGAGGUAGCUCCGCUGGAAAUGGUGGAGGGUAUCAAUAUCCGAGACCUACCUCUCAGCAGCCAAGUGGACCUACUCCAGGAAAUAACGGAGGCGGGUUCCAAAACUCUCGGCCCAACUCUCAACCUAAUGGCGGAGGUUCACCAGGAAAUGGAGGUGGUUACCAGUAUCCACGACCAAGUCCUCAGCCUAACGGAGGAAGGCCAUCGGGUGGAUCAGGAGGUGGUUACCCAGCAUCCGGUCAACCGACAAAUGGAUUGCCCUCACCUACGUUUGGAGCACCCAGUCAACCACCUCCAAGACCAAGUCCUCAACCGGGUGGUUUCCCAUCUCCUAGUUAUGGGGUUCCCACUCAACCAGCCCCUAGACCCAGCUCUCAGCCAGGUGGUCAGCCCUCUGGAGGCAAUACGGGUUACAAUUAUCCGAGGCCUUCUCAACCUGGUAAUGCUCUGACUCCUUCUUUCGGAGCCGCAAAUCAGCCAUCUCCAGUGCCUAAUGUUCCUCAGAGGCCUGGAGGAACAAACAGUUUUGCGUCGCCUGAUCAAGUGCCAGUAGACAAUUACGGAGCACCUCAGCCAGUUUCCAUCAACGGAGCAUCUAGUCCUCCACAAGGGCCUAACUCUGCACCUCCAUCCACACGCCCUAACAACAAUGGCAAUGGAGGCUCACAGGGCCCUUAUCCUUCCUUAAGACCAACCUCAACCCAACAGUCAUCUGGUGGUUAUAAUUACCCCGGACCCCAAACUCAAGGUUCCCCGAGCAGACCAUCAGGACAGAGACCAACCUCUAGUGGCUAUAACUAUCCUCCUCCAACACAGUCAUCUGCUGGCUACAUUUUCUCUUCCUUCCCUCAACAAGUUCUAACAACAUCUGCAGCACCUGCCACGUACAACACGAUUCCAUCGUUGCAACAAUCUAAUCGUCAGCAAGCUAAUUUUGCACCAAACUCGCAAUCAUCGGGCGGAGGUUACAACUAUCCCAGCCCAGCUCAAAACCAACCUCAGCAACCAGCAGGCGGUCCGAAUCCUGGAGGCCUUCAACCUACAUCAGGGACUCGGGGAUACGUGUACCCCGCUCCUUCUCAAAAUCCGUCAAGCCCUCCCUCAAAUAAUUUCAGUCCUCAGAGGCCGAGCUCUCCACCAUCUAGCUCUCAGAACGGAUACAACUAUCCCAGCCCCACUCCAGCAAGACCUCAGUCAACUCCGCAACAACCAGGAACUUUCCAAGGGUAUCCUUCCUCAAGACCUCAGCAACCAGCAGGGCCAACCGGUGGUUACCCAGCAGCGCCUCAGACUCCAACACCCAGCUCUGGCGGGAAUGGAAACGGUAAUGGCAUUUCGGGGCAAACGCCUGGCUCUGGAUCUUUCCCUGGUUACUCUUAUCCUUCCCCUAAUCCGGCACCUACAUCUCCACCACAACGACCUUCAAAUAAUUUCGGGCCCAGUAUACCCAACGUUCCACCAAGCACAAGUUACGGCGUCCCCGAUUUACAGCCAACCCAGGGUGGAGGAAACUCUCAAUCAGGGUAUAAUUACAAUACACCAUCACAACCAACCCGGGGCCCCGCAACGAGUGGCCCUCCCAGACGGCCGCAGGCUCCCUCGCCUAGCUAUGGUGCUCCACAACAGCCGACGAGUAAUUCUGUAAGACCGACUAAUUCGUAUAACACAAUAGCAAAUUCAUCCCCUCAGCCGGCAUCUUUCCCUUCAUCAACGAAUCUAGGUGGAGCACAAACUCCUGGACCGACGUUCGGCCAGAAUCCAGGAACCCAGCAAUUACCUUCCUCGAACGGUUUCAACUCCCAACAAACGCCAUUCUCCAAUUACGGACCUCCACAAUUACCGAGCUCUCCACCGCCCAGUAACGGAUCUCCUCAGCCUCCGCAAGGUUAUUCGUAUCCGUCACCAAAUCAGCCCACUCAACCCCAAACAUCGAAUCCCCCCAGCAGUGCAUACACGAAUGCUUUUCCAUCCCCCUCUUUUUCAUCAAAUUCUUUGAGUCAAAGUGGUUUCCAACAACUUCAGAGUGCCACGCCAGAUUUUACAGAUCAGUCAAGUGGAGCUCCGAGCGCAGACUACCUGCCACCAGAUACUAAUGCUCCUGUUAACCCCGGUAGUUCAUCUAGUUUUAGUAAUUCUGGGCUAACUAGUGCGCAGUAUAAUACGCAAAGACCAAUAGAAUUCACAACGGCGAAACCUAAUAAAUUUGCAGGUCAGUCGUUUGAAGUUUCUCCUGUCGUCCAAUCAAUCAGUUUUGGAAUACCAUCCCAGACUCUGGCAAGUAUAUCUGAACUAAUCAACGGUGCUAAAACUAAUAGUCCAGGUCCAGCUCGACAACAAACAGCCCCAUCCCGUCCAGGGGACUCAGGAUAUUCUUAUCCUCGGCCGCAACCAGCAGGGCCCACCAAUGGGCAACCCCCGUCAAAUGGUGGUAGCGGCACGUCAAAUGCUACUCCAAAUGGAUAUCCUAGUGGUGGCCCACCAAGCUCAAAUAAUGUACCUGCCAGGCCCUCUCAAAGUUAUGGCCCACCUCAGCAAGGUCCAAAUGGAGGUGGCCAAUCGUUCGUGCCGCCUCAACAGGGCUUAAACGGAAGCCCUGGUCCAUCGCCACCUUUUCAGCAAAACGUUCCGCAGUCACCCUCCCAAAGCUACGGGCCUCCACAGCAGCAACCGGCCCAGCCUGCAACGCCAUCAUUUAACUUUGGUCCAAUGCAGCCCGUACCAUCUCAACCAACUAGGCCUGCUCAACCAGUUCCUAGUUAUGGGCCACCACAGCAACAACCAUCUCAACCGUCCCAACCAUCUCAACCGUCUCAACCAUCUCAACCAUCCCAGCCAUUCCAGCCAUCUCCACCGACACAACCAUCUCAACCUGCUCAACCCCCUCAACCUCAACCAGGUCUAAGUUACGGGCUGCCUCAGCAACAAGCACCAAGUCUCACUCAGAACUUUGGACAACCUCAACAACCGGCUGGUCCCACUCAAAAUUAUUUGCCUCCAUCCCGGCAGGCGCUAAGUCAAAAUCAAAACUUUGGGUCUUCCACUCAAGGAGAAUCGAGUUUCUUACAAAACUAUGAUUCAUCAUCACAGCAACAAUCUGGCUCACCUUCGAGUCAACUGCAGGGUGAGGCUCCUUCAUGGGCAUCGUUUGCUGUUUCCAGUUUUGAAUCCCCGGCGUUGCCAUUCCAGCAACAAACUAUCUCUACUUUCUCUGUGGACUAUGAUUCCUCACAACAAUCGGGGUCUGCUGGAGGCUUUGGGGCAUCUUCGGGUGAAUAUAGUAGUCUGCAACAAUCUGGUUCCAGCUCAUACUCUGACCAAAGCUCUACCAGAGAAGGAUUUCCUGGAAAUGGCCUGGACUCAGCGCCUGUCUCAUCGACUCCACCAAAUUUGCCAUCACCCGACGAUACAAAGUACAACGAAAUUCAACCAAAUAAUGGCGGUGUGCCUGAAACCCGACAGCAAGGUUACGACAGCAAUGGUGGAUACAUUUACUAGUCGAAAAGUGGUUAUGAUAUUUUAUGUCGCCAUACAUAACUGAUGGAGUAAGUCGAUGCUGAGUUUUUCAUGGAUUUAAAUUUGCGAUGUUUCUUUUUUGGACGAUUUUAUUACCUCUAUUCCAUGUAGUACGCCUUUUUAAAAAUAUUUAAUGUUUUUAUUACAGAUUUCGUUGCUGAAGCUAUGGACAACUAAAUGAGACGCCUGAUUAUGAAGAGAUAAAAAGAAGGAGUAUGUUUUUGAAAGAUUAAAAAAGCGCCACUGAAAAUAGUUGGACUUUCGGCAAAAAGACAGAUAUAAAGCGUUUUUACUGAAUGUUUUCAAUCUUCAGACCAACAGCUCAUAGUUUCACCGGAUGCAUUGGUCAAUGGAAACAUUCGCAUGAUACGUGCACGAAAAGGUGGAUGCAAUCUAUUAUCAUCUAAUAUCUGCGAAGAGCAUUAACUUGCUUUGAAUUCUUCAUUUGAUGAAAUUUUGUAGCAGGAUUUAGAAUGUCAGUUCAUAUCUGGUUUUUACAUUACCAUUAGUCAUGAACAGCACAAACUCAAGUUCACAAUUCGACUAAAAUUGAACAUGCUAAUUUUAUGAAAAACUCAGUUAUCAGUGUCUUUUCCAAACAACACUGGGCAAAAUAUUAUCUUGGAUCCAGAUUCAAGAAUCUUAAAAAAUUUGACAAGAAGAAAUACUAUUGAAUCAAUCGAAUUUUUUUUCGAAUCGAAAGGGACUCUGUUUAAAUUAAGAGGCUUGGCUCUCGAUUCAAGUAAAAAUCUGAUUAAAUCAAGAGUUUUUUUUGUCAACUUUUUUAUGAGUCUGGAAUCUGAAUCCAAGAGACUCUUUAUCCAGUGAACUCCAGUAGUUAAGAUUAGCCAUUGUUCCAUGUCCAUCCCGUUCUAAGAAAAUUGAACGUAAGAGAUGCACUGUACUAUAUUUGAAGACAGUACUAAAUCAAAAAGUUGUUCUUUGUACGUAUAUUUAUGCCCUCGUAAUGAUGUAGUUCCAAUCGUACGUAAGAUUUUUAGUUUACGACCGUCUUCUUGCGGAAAUCUGUCCUCGAAUGAAUUUCACGUACUUCAUUUUCAAUUGAAUUCCAACUGAAAUUAAUGUCAAGAGAUAAUCAGAAAGAUAAUCACCAUUCAUUGAUUGUCAUUCACAUAUGUUAAGAUUAUUUAUUUUCUAAGAGAAAUCCGUAGCGGAAAUUGUUGAUCUUUGAUAGAACUUCAACCACAGACCCGACGCUUUGUGUAUGUGAUAUUUGAAUAACUCGUAUUAUUUUGUAAACUUGCCUACCUAUCCAACUGGACUCACAUGUGGCUACUUAUAAUGAAAGGAGCACAGAGUCCAAUCAACAUAAUGGUAGUCUCAAUAUGGUGGUAAAGCAUGAAUUCCUGACGCCAUAGAUUUUUUUUAGGCCGAGGAUACCUUUGAGACCUACAAAUGUUGCAAAUUUUAUUUCUUUGAACACAUUUACUUUAUCUCAGUCACAUAGACAAGUUUUCUCCCCUUUAAUCUCAAAUUACAGGUCAUUUAAAAGUAAUUUCCAUUUUUUUUUUCGUGGGAAUUGAAGGAUGGGGGGGGGGGGGUGAAGAAAGGCUCAAUGAAUACUCCUUCCAAAAAAGGAGAUACUCGUAUCAAAAGUGUUACCAUGCCUUACUUGAAUAAAUUUUACUUAAUUUUGUACAGCCGAAAAAAGUGCCAGUUAUAUGUUAUGUAAUUUAGCUGUAAAUUGUCUUAAGUUAAAACAAAGAAAAAUGAAAAAAAUUCGACCAAACGAUGUCGUACUACACUGACUCAUCGCGAGAGAAUGUCAGAGAGAUAUUUGUUUAAAGUGAGUAAAUAUUUUUAUAUAGAAGAAUAAUUUCUCCCGUAAUGUAGAUGUAGAAAGUAAGUUACCUAUUUAUUAAAAUAAAAAUAAAAAUUUAAAAAAAAAAACAAAACAUUUAACUAAGUGCAAUCAGAAUAUAUUCUAACUGUGAUGAUUUUUUCAAACAGCCCUGAGCUUAAAAUUGUUACCAAUUAGACAACUAUUACUUAAAGUUACCCUAAUUGCCUUCCUACCAAAACGCACUUACAUCACUCAGAAUAAUGUGCCUUUUUGACACGAAAUUGUUUACCUACCAUGUAUAUUUUUGGAAUCGAAAGGCUAAAGCCGCAACUUUUACCGAUAAGUGUGAACUAUUGUGGAGUUAUUUUGUAAAUAAAAGUCACUGACUUUACUUCAUACAAUGUUUAA